GGUACACCCGCCGCAUCUGACAGUUCGUGAGUGAAAAAUUGGAAAUUAUGAAGUAGAAUAAUUUAUAAAAUAUCGUGUUUAAAUGACAGCAGGAAAAGAAAACAUGGGGGAGCAGCCGAUCUUCACGUGCAAGGCGCACGUGUUCCACAUAGACCCGAAGACGAAGCGUUCGUGGAUGUCGGCCAGCUCGGCCGCCGUGUCCGUGUCCUUCUUCUACGACUCGUCGCGCAACCUGUACCGCAUCAUCAGCGUCGAGGGCACCAAGGCGGUGAUCAACAGCACCAUAACGGCGAACAUGACGUUCACGAAGACCUCCCAGAAGUUCGGGCAGUGGAGCGACGUCAGAGCCAACACGGUCUACGGGCUCGGGUUCGCGUCCGAGGCUGAGCUUGGGAAGUUCAUCGAGAAGUUCCAAGAAGUCAAAGAGGCGAUCCAAGCGCAGCAAUGCUCCGGCGCCGCCAAGAGCGUCACCAACGGCAACAGCGGCGCCGCCACGCCGGUCGCCAGCGCCACCGCCAGCCCGCUGCUCGCCGCGCGCGCGCAGCCCGACGAGCCGCCCGCCGUCUCGCCCGCACAGGUCAAAACAGAUAACGACGAAAUGAUGGUACACCAAAGAGCGCAUUCGGUUUCAUCGACGUUGCAGGGCGGCUACGCGACCGUAGGCCGGGCGCCGCGCGGGCCGCUGGCGUCGGUGGCGGCGCCCAUCGAAGCUCCGCCCGAGGGGCCCGACCACCAAUUACGCUACGAAAACGACCGUUUGAAGCUUGCGCUGGCGCAAAGUCGGAGAAAAGCUACGGAGACGACUCUAUGCAGCGGGAAUAGUGGCAUAUUUGCUACGAAUUUGUCGUUAGCGCCCAUCGAGGCUCCGCCCGAGGGGCCCGACCAUCAGCUGCGAUACGAAAACGACCGCUUGAAGCUUGCGCUGGCGCAAUGGUAA